UGUGCAGUGCGGAGCCAGGAGGCGGUUGUUCCGGCUCCGUCACCGGUGAGAGAAAAAAAUACAUCAAACCAGGAGAGAGCUGGAGGCGAUCGAGUGGGAAGGGAGGCUUCGUAAAUGUAUAGCGGAUGGAACAAAUCCCGAAUAAGAUACUCGCGGUCCCGCAUUAACCGUGAAUCUGUGGGGCCGCCUUUUGGGCGACGCGCCCGGGUGCUGGUGGCCAUAUUUGUAAAGGAGGGGCGGGGUGAAUGGGCAGCAGUGCGCAUAUUCUUGAGCCAGCGGACUUAACAUUGAGAAUGUCUUUCCUCGACUGACUGGCAAUGGACGUUACAACCUCCUUGUACAUGGGUGAAGAGGGAAUGAUUCAUACGCAACAAACGCAAAGCAAAAAAGAGAUGUUGCAGAGAGUCCCUGGAUAAAGAAUAGUAGAGGAAGAUGGAUUACAGUUGGAAACUCAAGCUAAGUGUCAAUUCAAGAUGUGACAGAGGCCCUCAAUUCAUCAGAGUAUGAAUAUCGUCAAGUUUGGAACAUUUUGGUGAAAAGAUUUGUCUUCUCUACCUGUGGACAAAGACUUCAGCUCAGAAGGUUAUUCAGAAGGGAGGAUUUGCAGUUGGGAAGCUGACACCAAACAUCACACAUGGAUCUGAUGGAGUCACCCAAUUCAUCACAAUCUGACCAUCAGUUAUUGAACAUGGAAGAAAAUAUCUCUGAUCACAGCGGAGACGAACUGUACAUAUGUUCCGAUUGUGGACAAAGCUUCCCCCAAUCAUCUGGCCUGUCAGAGCACAAAUGCAAUCAGGUUGAAGAAAAGCUAUUUGACCAAGAAGAUCAUCAGCACGGUCACAUUGGAGCAAGGCCGUUUACCUGCACCGUGUGUGGGAAGGGAUUCACUCGGCCAUCCCAUCUGCAGGCUCACUGGAGGGUUCACACUGAGGAGAGACCUUUUGAAUGCCCAGACUGUGGGAAGUGCUUUAAAAGCUCUGGGGAACUGAUGCGUCAUCGGCGCGUUCACACGGAUGAGAGACCGUUCAGGUGCUCUCACUGCGGGACUGGAUUCAGACAAUCGUCUCACCUCACCAAACACCAGAGAGUUCACACCGGGGAGAAGCCAUUCAUCUGCUCCGUGUGCGGGAAGGGGUUCAGUCACUCAUUCAAUCUGCUGACCCACCAGCGAGUUCACACUGGGGAGAGACCAUUCGCCUGCUUUGAGUGUGGUGAGGAAUUCACUCAGUCUUCCAGCCUGAUAAGACACCAGCAAAUUCACAGCGGGGGGAGGCCAUUCACCUGCUCCACGUGUGGGAAGGGAUUUGCUCAGUUGUCCAGUCUGCUGAAACACCAGCAGGUUCACACUCGGGAGAAAUCCUUCACCUGCUCCAAAUGCGGGAAGGGAUUCACUUGGUUGUCCAACCUGCUGAAGCACCAGCGAGUUCACACCGGGGAUACCUCAUUCACCUGCUCCAAGUGUGGUAAGGGUUUCACUCGUUCAGCUUCCCUGCUGCUACACCAGCGAGUGCACACUGGAGAGCGAUCGUUUACCUGCUCCGUGUGUGGGAAGGGAUUCACUCGGCCGUCCCAUCUGCAGGCUCACUGGAGGGUUCACACUGAGGAGAGACCUUUUGAAUGCCCAGACUGUGGGACGUGCUUUAAAAGCUCCGGGGAACUGAUGCGCCAUCGGCGCGUUCACACCGAUGAGAGACCGUUCAGGUGCUCUCACUGCGGGAUUGGGUUCAGACAAUCGUCUCACCUCACCAAACACCAGAGAGUUCACACUGGGGAGAAACCGUUCAUCUGCUCUGUGUGCGGGAAGGGGUUCACUCGAUCGUGCAACCUGCUGAGACACCAGCGAGUUCACACUGGGGAGAGACCUUUUACCUGCUCCAAGUGUGGCAAGAGGUUCACUCAGUCAUCCAGUGUGAUGAGACACCAGCGAGUUCACCAGUGUCAGGACAACUGUAUGAUGGAGAAACCAUGUAAAUGUGGGGACUGUGGGAAGGGAUUCAAGUACCCAUCUCAACUGGAUAUUCAUCGACGCAGCCACACUGGAGAGAGGCCAUUCACCUGCACUCAGUGUGGGAAAAGAUUUGCUUACUCAUCCAGCCUCUAUUUACACCAGAGAGUACACACUCGCAAGAGGCCAUUCACCAACCUUGAAUGUCAGGAACGAUUUGAUGCUUCACCAAACCUCUCCAUUGACCAGGUUCAUUCUGACCAGAGACCUUUUAAAUGUCCUGACUGUGACAAGAGCUUUAAAAGCAAAUGGGAACUGCUUAGACACAAACGUACUCACACAGGGGUGAGACCUUAUAUCUGCUCCGUUUGUGGAAAGGGAUUCACUCAGUCAUCCUACCUUCUGACACAUCAACUUGUUCACACUGAUCAGAGACCUUUCCCGUGUUCCGACUGUGGAAAGUGUUUUAAAAGUAAAAAUGAUUUACAAGUCCAUCAACGCAUUCACACCGGGGAGAAGCCGUUCACCUGCACCCUGUGUGAGAGGAGAUUCAGACGUUUAGCCCAACUGCAGACACACCAGAGAGUUCACACUGAUAAGAGACCUUUUAAAUGUUCUGUCUGUGAGAAGAGCUUUAAAAGCAAACAGGAUCUGUUGACACACCAGCGAGUUCACACGGGGGAGAGGCCGUUUACCUGUUCUGUGUGCGGAAAGAGAUUCACCCGUUCAUCCCACCGUCUGAGACAUCAGCGGGCUCACACUGGGGAGAGGCUUUUGGAGCUUGGCUCGGAUCAUGGUGGCCUGAACUCCCACAAGGCGCAGCGCGGUGGAAAUCGCUCUGUGCGAGGCACGGGCUAUGGAUACCGACUGCGCAUGGUUAAUUUGUUGAUUGCAGGAACUGAGAGGAAAGGAAGUAAAUCCAGCAAGGGGCAGAGUCUGGAAAGUGGCAAGAGACCGUACAUCUAUUCUUUCGGUGAUCAAACAUUGUCAAACUUGGAGAACAUCCGCACCAUGGAGAAAUCUUGGAAAUGUGGGGACUGCCAGAAGGGUUUCCGGUCCCCGUCCGAGCUGGAAACCCACCGGCGUGUCCACACCGGGGAGAGGCCGUUCACCUGCUCUGUGUGCGGGAAAGGGUUCACUCAGUUCCCCAUCCUGCUGAAACACCAGCGGGUCCACACCGGGGAGAGGCCGUUCACCUGCUUCAUCUGCGGGAAGGGCUUCGCUCAGUCGUGCCACCUGCUGAGGCACCAGCGGGUCCACAGCGGGGAGAGGCCGUUCACCUGCCCCCUGUGCGGGAAAGGGUUCAGUCAUUCCAACAAUCUGCAGAGGCACCAGCACAUCCACACCGGCGAGCGGCCCUUCGCCUGCUCUGAGUGUGGCAAGCGGUUCAACAACUCGUCCAACUUGCAGAAGCACCAGCGGGUUCACACCGAGGAGAGGCCGUUCCCCUGUGCCGAGUGCGGCAAGGCGUUCGCUCAGUUAUCCGGCCUGCAGACCCACCAGCGGGUUCACACUGGGGAGAGGCCGUUCUCCUGCCCCGACUGCGGCAAGGCGUUCCGGUUCCCUUCCAACCUCCAGAAGCACCGGCGCGUUCACACGGGCGACUGGCUGUUCACUUGCUCCCUGUGCGGAAAGGGGUUCACCCAGUCUUCCAGCCUGCUGAGGCACCAGAUCAGCCACACGGCGGAGAGGUCGUGCAAAUGCUCUGACUGCGGCGGCGGUGGCGGGGACUUUCAGAGCUCCGGGGAGCUGGCGGCUCACCAGCCGAGCCAGGCCGAGGAGAGGCCUUUCGGCUGCUCUCACUGCGCCAAGAGAUUCAGGAUAUUGUCCAAACUGAGGAGGCACCAGCGGGUCCACACCGGGGAGAGGCCGUUCUCCUGCUCCGAGUGCGGCAGGGGGUUCAAGACCUCGUCCAACCUACUGAACCACCAGGUCACCCACACCAGCGAGAGACCCUUCCGGUGCCCCGAGUGCGGCAGCAGCUUCAAGAGCUCCGGGGACCUGAUGGUGCACCAGCGGAUCCACACCGAGGAGAGGCCGUUCGGCUGCUCUCACUGCGCCAAGGGCUUUAGAACAUCGUCCGACCUGAGGAGGCACCAGCGGGUCCACACCGGGGAGAGGCCGUUCGUCUGCUCCGAGUGCGGGAAGGGCUUCAGCACCUCGUCCAACCUGCUCAACCACCAGGUCACCCACACCAGCGAGAGACCCUUCCGGUGCCCCGACUGCGGCAGCGGCUUUAAGAGCUCCCGCAACCUGAUGCUGCACCAGCGCAUCCACACCGAGGAGAGGCCGUUCGGCUGCUCGCACUGCUCCAAGCGGUUCCGCAAGUCGUCCGACCUGCUCCGACACCAGCGGGUCCACACCGGGGAGAGGCCGUUCGCCUGUUCCGAGUGCGGGAAGGGAUUCAGUCAGUCGUCCAGCCUGCAGACGCACCGGCGGGUUCACAAGAGGUUACUGGGGUUGGAUUGUGCUGUUAUCGCUGAUGUUGAUCACCUCCAGGACUGAAUCCUGUGGGAUCCCUAACAGAGUGGAAACAGGCCCUUUGACCCAACCCUCAGAGCAUCCCAUCUUCCCACCUCCCCCCGCCCCCCCGCAACGCACCUAAUCUACACAUCCCUGAACACUAAGGGCAAUUUAGCAUGGCCAAUCCACCCUAACCUGCACAUCUUUGGACUAUGGGAGGAAACCGGAGCACCCGGAGGAAACCCACGCGCAGACAGGGGGAAUGUGCAAAGUCCACACAGACAGUCGUCCGAGGGUGGAAUCGAACCCGGGUUCCUUGGCGCUGUGCUAGCCACCGUGCCACACCACUGUGUUCACUCUGGCAGACUGUAACCUUAGCGCUCUCCAUAACGUUAGCAUCCACGGAGAGAGCAAGCUGCCUGACUCGCUGUGAUUUCCAGCAUUUUUAUUUUGGUUUGUUUUCAGUCUCUCAUCUAAGAGUCAGGAGCUGAAGGACUUGAGAUUCUUUCCAGAAACUCGGGCCUCCGUAAUCCAGGACUGACGUAGCUUGGUGCCAGUACUGAGAGAGCACAACCCUGUCAAGAGGGGCCACAUUUCAAUUCGAACAUUACUGGACUGAUACCUGCGAUGGGGUGGGCUGAGGGAUUAGGUUCCCUUAUGAAGGAAGGCUAGGCCUGUAUCACUAGAGUGUAAAAGAAAUAGGGUCUUUUUGAAACUUAUCAGUUCCUGAGGGGACGGAUGGUGUCGGUACAGAAGGUGUUUUUUUUUUCUCUUGUCAGAGAAAUCUCCAUUCCGUCUGUGAAAACGACCCCGAGCUUCCAGUUGCCUGCCACUUCGACAAGCCACUGUGUUUCUUGGCCAGCAAUUUUGGUCUCGGGCCUGCUGCAGUGUUCCAGCAAGCCUCAGCACAAGCUCAAAGAAUUGCGUCUUAUUUCCCACUUCCUGCAGCCUCUGGGACUCAACGUCGAGUUUCAAUAACUUUACAGCCCGAUUACCUUCUUCCGUGUUUCUUUAUUAACCUCCCUUUCCUAUGUCUCUCACUGGGCUCCAUCUCCAUCUAUCUGUUCAUGCCCCCCUCCCUUCCCAGCUACUAAGAAUUAGCUGGUAGCAUUUUUGUCUCGUAGAUUCCCACAGGCUGUCUCUUACAGUGACCAUAAACUCUGGUUUGAGAUGUGUAUAUUUUUAUGAAUUCAUCUUAAUAACUAAUCAAAGAAAAUACAGCCUUUAUUCAUCAACGGUUAUUCAGAAGUGGGCUGAGCGUGAAUCAUUGAUAACUUAGCUGGUUAAAUGUGUCAAGUUAAGUGUGUGUCUGUAGCAGCCCGAAAUGUCUUCUUUCAGGGAAAAUAAUGCUCUUUUCUUACAUCCGGCUAGCAAAAUAUGUUUGGAGAAGAUCUCUGAAAAAUAUCAGAUUCUCUAAAUCUUGAAACCUCUGAAAUUUAAAAGCUAAAACUUACUGGCAUUAUGUUCAUGUGUUUAUCCCAAGGGCCCUGUCUGCCCCCUCAGGAUGCAAACAAUUGAAGGGCUACAAUUAGAAGGAGAGAGGGGAGGGAGAGGAGUUAGCCCCGGUGUCCUGGGGCCUGAUAUUUAAAGCCUCAAUCAAUGUCAGUGAAAACAAGUGGUCUGGUCAUCAUCAGAUCGUCAUCUGCAUGAUCUCACUGCACAAGAAUGGACUUCCACUUCUCCUACUGUUUCUACAAUUCAAAAAGUGCUGUAUGACUCCAUGACACUGAGAUGCAUCGAUACAGCCUGAGAUGGAGGAAGGUGCUACAUAAAUGCAAAUUUCUUUUGCGAUCAAUGCAUCUUUCAGCCGAAGCGCGUACCAGCUGACUGUGGGACAAGAACUCCCAGUAUGAGCCAAGGCCGCUUCCCUGCAGAGGCCACUCAAUAAAUUGCGGGAACUGACUGUUUACAGAGGGGCCUUGACUUGUUGGCUCGAGCAUCCAGCCCUUUCUCCUCCUGGCUAAUGCAGGCUGAGAAUAGACAGUGGAGCUGGUCAAUGGACUGAAAGCUAUCUUUUCCACCAAUCAAGAUGGGAGAGUUAAUGUUUUCGCCCAAGUUGUUCUGUAUUUUGUCAAACUCUUGUCAUUAAGAUUGCAACAUUGAGUAUACUUCAGAAACACAACGUUGCUUCAAAGUUUGACUUUGUCUAAGGUGUUGAAAGGUUCUAUUUAAGUAUCUUUUUCCCCGUCUUGUCAAUCUAAGUUAACAGUCAUAUAGAGUGUUCCAAAUAGACUGUUCCUUUGUGUCCACCCAAACGUGUCACUCUCAAAGACUGUCUGUUUCAUUCUUUUUCUCAACGAUAGCCUAAACUAGUUCCCCAAUGUCACAGAGUCAUACAGCAUGGAAACAGGCCCUUCGGCCCGACUUGCCCAUGCUGAUCAGGUUUUCUCAACUGAACUAGUUCCACUUGGCUGUGUUUGGCCCAUAUCCCUCUAAACCUUUCCUAUUCAUGUACCUGUCCAAAUGUCUUUUAAAUGUUGUAAUUGUGCCCACCUCUACCACUUCCUCUGGCAAUUCGUUCAAUUUACAUGCCAUCCUCUGUGUGGAAAAGUUACCCUUUAAAAUCUUUUCACUUUUGCCUUAAGCCUAUGCCAUCUAGUUUUGGACUCUCCUACCCUGGGGAAAAGACCUUGGCUAUUCACCUUAUCUAUACCCCUCAUGAUUUUACAAACCUCUAUAAGGUCACCCCUCAGCCUCCUAUGUUCCAGGGCAUAAAGUCCCAGCCUGUCCAACCUCCUCUGAAAACUAAAACCUUCCAGUCUGGCUAACAUCCUUGUCAAUCUUCUUUGCACCCGUUCCAGUUUAAUACCAUCCUUUCUAUAGCAGGGUGACUAGAAUGGGACACAGUACUGCAAUACCCUAUAUGGCUGUAACAUGAUGUCCCAACUACUGUAUUCAGUGGUAUGACCAAUGAAGGAAAGCAUGCCAAGUACCUUCUUCCCCACCCUGUGGCAUAACUUUCAAGGAACUAUGUGCCUGCACUCUGUGGUCUCUGUUCGAUAACAAUCCCCAGGCCCUAUCAUUCCCAUCUCUAACCAAUAGCUGUUUAUAUUUUUAUUGACCGUUCUCGGUUUUCCUGUACAGUAAAACACUGCCUAACCCCUGCAUUCAACCCACACUGCUGCUUAUUCCUCCAAAGCUAUUUUCUAACAUGUUAUGAAGGUGAACUAACUGGAGGUACAGAAGCCGUGGGAUUUAAAAACUCACCGCGGUAUAUUCAGUUAUAAUGAAAGCAUCUCGACACCGUUGCCGUUUCCGCCGUUUCCACAGUUUCCAACUCCAAAGUCUGUGAAUGGUGAAAGAUACACAAAAGCAAAACACAAGAUUCAUAUUUUAUGUAACUGACAAAUCCUCAGCCACGUGUUUAAAGUCAUGAAUAAAGUCAGAUGGGUAAGAAUUUCCAUGAAGUUAAUGUUAAAUUCAUUUCCUUAACCACUCGACCAUGACUACAGUUCCAUUGCUGUUGGUCAUGUAAAAUCACAGUAUCAGAGAACAGGAGACACGAGGGCAUUGUGCUUACAUGUGCACAGUAUGGAAAACAAUGUAAAUGUGCUUUAGUGUCCAUUGAAAUUGGCAGGUACAAUGUUGUAGGCAUUGUAGAGCUGUGGCUGCAAAGAGAUCAAAGACGUUAACUGAAUAUCCAAAGGAUGCAUGUCCUAUCAAAAGGACAGGCAAAAGGAGCGGGGUUGCCUUGUUUGUAAGAAGUGAAAUUAAAUCGAUAGCAAGAAGCAUUAUAAGGUUGAAAGGCAUAGAAUCUAUAUAGGUAGAAUUUAAAAGAAAACUGCAAAAGGGAAAAGACCAUGCUGGGAGUUAUGUACAGGCCCCCUAGCAGUAACAAGGAUGUGGGGCAGAAAAUAAAUCAGGUGUUAGAAAAGGCAUAUAAGAAAGACAGUAUUAUAUUAUUCAUGGGGGAUUUCAAAAUGCAGGUGGACUAGGAAAAUCAGGUUGGUAACAGAUCCCAAGAAAAUAAAUUUGUGGAAUGUCUACGAGAUGUUUUUUUUUGAAAGAACUCAUGAGCAAACAGGGAAUUCUGGAUUUGGAGUGUGAAAUGAGGCAGACUUGACUAGGGAUCCCUUAGGGGACAGUGACCAUAAUAUGCUCUGCAGUGAGAGAAGGAGAAACUGGAAUUUGAUGUAAUGGUAUUACAAUUGAGUAAAGGUAACUACAAGGACCAUGAGAGGGGAGCUGGCCAGAGUUGGUUGGAAGGGGUGCCUAGCAGAGAAGGUAAAGGAACAGCAAUGGCACAAGAUUCUGGGGGUAUUUCAGGAUGCACAGCAGAAAUGAAACCCAAUGAGGAAUAAGCAUUCUAAGGGGAGGACAAGGCAGCCAUGGCUGAUAUGGGAAGUCAGGGACAACAUAAAAGCAAAAGAAAACACAUACAAUGUGGCAAAGAUUAAUGGGAAGCCUUUAAAAGCCAGCAGAGGACAACUUAAAAAAACAGGAACUGAGUUGGAGUGAGUGGGAGGGGAGAUCAUGAAAUAAGAGGGGAAGCUAGCCAGUACUGCAAACUUUGUUUUUACUGUAUUAUUCACAAUCUCUGCAAUAUCCAAGUAGUCAGUUGAGUGAAAG